AUGGCCUCCUCCUCCGACAGCGGAGGCCUCACCCCACCACCGCCGGCUAACUCCUCCUCUGGCACCAUUCCGCUCCCUCCGCCUCCUCGAGCUUCAACGGCUUCAACCUCCAAGCCUCCCGAGCAAAUCCAGAGAAAAACCCGAAGACCCAACUGCCCGCCCGGAAGUUCCCGCUGCGUGGCUGACCGCUCGAUCCCCUUCCGCCGCCGCCGACCGAUUCCGGCCAGCUCUGGCACCGCCCCAGCCACUGGGCGUCCAUGGCCGCCUCCUCCAACCCCGCGGCCGUCGCCGCCGCUCCCGCGCUCGCCGCCAUGGCCCUCCAUCGCCCCCACCACCUCCCGCUCCUACCCGUCCGUCGCGGACGCCGUGGCGCUCGAAGUCGCUGCUGCGUUUCUUCUCGCGGACUGCUCGGAUGACCCAUGGCUCGCAUUCAAGUCGAUGGCGGCGGCCUCCCUCUCAACGUCGCCUCCCAUGGCGGCAGCCCUCGCGCGUGCCCUCACCGUCUUCCUGCUGGAGAAGAGCCCCCAUGCUUCUCCCCUCCCCGAGGCCGCGCUCGAGGCCCUCUUCUCCUCCCUCGUCGCGUCAGACUCCGCUGUCCCGACGCUGGCCCUCGCGCGUGCAGCGACCUACAGCGAGGCCGUGCAGGAGCGGCUCGUGCGAGCAUCUGGGGCUCGAUCCAUGGGCCGAUCUCCUGCUGAGCCUGGGCACAUAUGGCGGCCGGGUGUGGCAGGGACCAGCCGCCGCUCUAAUUGA